UAACAUUUUAGAUGAACACAUACAUAUACUCGUCUAUUUUGUGGACUUAAUUUAUAGUAUAUUUUACUUGUUAGUCAAGUGGUGUUAAUAUUUUGUGGUAUCCGAGCAUUUUUAACAAAUUUAAACAAAAUGAAGAAAAUUGCAAUUUUUGGUAGUACAGGAAUGACUGGUCUCUGUACUGUAGAAGCAGCUCUAAAGCAAGGUCUAGAAGUAAGAGCAUUAAUAAGAGAUCCAUCUCGUUUACCAGAAUCAUUAAGAAAUCAGAUAGAAGUCAUUACUGGUGAUGUACUAGUUACAGAAGAUGUUGAUAAGACAGUUGAGGGAAGAGAUGCUAUUGUUGUUACUUUGGGCACACGAAAUGAUUUGAGUCCAACUACAAUAAUGUCAGACGGAUUAAAAAAUAUUUUAUCUGCUAUGAAAAAAAAUAAUGUAAAAACAGUUUCAGUUUGUUUAUCAACAUUUUUAUUUUAUGAGAAGUCUAAAGUACCAGCAAUGUUUCAUGGUAUAAAUGAUGACCAUGAACGUAUGUUACAUCUAUUAGAGUCCUCCGAAGGAUUAAACUGGAUAGCUGUUAUGCCACCUCACAUAGCAGAUACCCCAUCUGGGGAUUAUAAUGUUGAAAUUGGUUCAUCUCCGGGUCGAGCCAUUUCAAAACUCGAUUUAGCUAAAUUUAUGGUAGAAUGUCUGAUCAAACCAGACUACUAUAAACAAAAAGUGGGAUUGGCAACCAAAGUAACUUCACCAUAAAGUUAUUUUCAAAUUACCAAAAUACACUUGUAUAAUAUUUUUCAUUAAAAACAAAAUGUGGAAUGGGAAAAAAUCACUAAUAUAUAAAACUGUUAGAUAUGUUAUAGAAUUAAAGAAUAUUGGAUUUAUUUGAAAUACAGAUGAAUACAUUGAGUUUUAA